AUGGCACCGACCCGCUACAAAAUUAGUAUCUUUUUGGGUUUUCAUCUCUUUCUUCUUGGAAUCCUCGUUGUUUGGUUUCGCAACGCGCUCUUUAUGUUUACGGAUGAUUUCCAAAAGGACAUCAUUCCUUCUGCCGAGCUUCGAUACUCAAGAGAACAGAUUUUUCUUGCUUCUAAAAACACGUCUGUAGAGAAUUCCAAACUUCCAGAAUGGCUCCCAUCUGUUUUUGGACAUGAACCCGUAAUUCCUAAAAUUAUUCACCAAACAUGGAAGACAGAUACAGUGCCUGAAAAAUGGAAAGCUGCCCAAGAGAGUUGCAUAUCUAUGCAUCCUAACUAUCAAUAUAUUUUAUGGACUGACGAAAUGUCCAGAAAUUUCAUUGCUGAACAUUAUUCAUGGUUUCUCAAGUACUUUGACGCUUAUCCCUAUAACGUGCAGCGCGCAGACGCAAUUCGUUACUUCGUGCUUUUUCAUUAUGGAGGCAUCUACAUCGACCUUGAUGAUGGCUGCCGACAGUCCCUCGAUAGCCUAUUGUACUAUCCUGCUGUCUUUCGUAGGACCGACCCAGUAGGCAUCUCCAAUGAUGUUAUGGGCACUGUUCCUGGUCAUCCUUUUUUUUCUUUUAUUUUAAGCAACCUAGCGCGCAAUGCAAAGUCUUAUGUCUUUCCAUAUCCGACCAUUAUGUUUAGCACAGGUCCGCUGUCCAUCAGCUUUCUUUGGGAACGUUAUCAAAACCUAUUACCGAGAGACAGUUCCGCAUCUGCAAGAAUACGUAUUCUCUUGGAACAAGAUUACAAGUUCUCCAACCAAUCUUACUUCACUUUUUAUGAAGGCUCUUCCUGGCACGACAAAGAUGCCUCCUUAAUUUUAUGGGCUAACAAACAUAUCUUGGGUUUGAUUUCCACUGGCUUCAUUGCUUAUUUCCUUCUUUCAUAUUCCGUUUUUUCCAUACUCCUUGAUAGUCGUAUUUACGAACGAUGCUUUUUCUCUCGCCAACACAAAGUUGCGCUGCCACUUUCAGAACAAGAAGACGUCUAA